AUGUCUGAAACACAACUUUCCGACCAAUACCUUUACCAGAGCUCGCUCAAGAGUGAUCCGGAGAUUAAGGUCUCCUCUGGCAAGCGCGUGCCUUUUGUUAUCGAUCUUAACCAAGGUUCGUACCAAAACGGUGUUAUCACUAUCGACGCUACGUCUCAGCUUAAUGGUAGUGAAGGAUUUGCCUGCCUCCGCGAUGCUUACAUUGUGCUACCAUACAAGGUUUCGAUGAAAAACACGCACGCUACAAAUGUACAGAAUGCAGCCAACCGAUUUUGUGUUGGUCUGAAGUGUGGCAAUUUCAAUGUUAUCGACUCGAUGUCUCUGGAGCUAAAUGGUAAGACUAUAGUUUCGAUGGCUGAUUAUAAGCUGUUUUGGAACAAUAUCCGUGCUCAGACAGGGUACAGCCUUCAGUAUGUUGAGAAGCAUGGCGCUGAAUCGUUUCUAUACCCGGAUGCUGCUCAAUCAACCAAGUAUAGUAGUACAGCUGCUACCACCGGAGACGGGUAUUCGAAUAACACAGCAAUCUCUACUACCUUCACCGCCGGUACUAUUUCUGCUACGGCAUCGGUAGCAAAUGAUGGUUUUACUAAGCGUCUUCUCUCUAACCCUCCAAAUGCUGGAGCUGACUCAUCUACGUCGUGGCCGUCUACUGGUGCUGCAUCUGCCACGACUUUCAUUGCUAAUCAACUUGGUCGCGGUGCGUUCGUAGCUGGCUCUGGUUCACCUGGUGCUAUUAUGGGGACGUGGAACUAUAUGCUUAAGAUUAAGCUUACUGAUUUACAUCCGAUUUUCAAGGAGCUUGACUUGAUGGCUAAUCCACAAAUUCGUCUUCGUUUCCGCGUUAACCAGGGCACUUCAGCUAUUGAUGUUGAUGCAUCGAGAAAUAUGACGCUAACGGGAACAACAUUAUCGAGUGGCAAUGUAUGCCCAGUAAUGGUUGCUUCUGCGACCAGUCCAAACCCAAUGUACAAUGUUCUUAGUGUCGCUGGUUCGAUUGCAGUUUCUUGGGGUGCUGUGGUUAACUCGCUUGAGCCUACAAUUGAUGGAACCUACAUGCCUUUCACGACUUCUCGACUGUAUGUUCCUUUCGUUCAUUUGGAGAACCCUCAGGCUAUCAUCUCUAAGCCGGUUAAGAAAGUCCGCUACAACGACUGUUAUGCACAGUGGUUUUACCAGCGUGCUGGCAUUGGCAAGCAGUCGACUCAGCUCAAUACUGCAUUUGAUCUCCAGCUUUCGGCUUCUGUUAAAAAUGCUAAGUAUGUUAUCCUCCUUCCUUUUGCCGAACAGAGCGGUAGUUUUGUUUCUGCUGCUGUCCAAGAGUUUCAGAGUCCUUUCGAUUCGGCUCCUUGGACUCUUCACCCUGGUUCGAGCAUUCGCAACUUCAACGUCCGCAUUGGUUCGACUCAGUGCUUCGAUAUCUCCCAUGACUACGAUUUCCAUCAAUUCACAAACGAGUUCGCUAAGAUUGCUUCGAUUAAUGGUGAUCUGACUCCUGAGCUGGUGAAUGGUCUUCUUGACUAUCAGACGUGGUCUCUAACUAACCGCGUCCUUAUCGCUGACGUUAGCCGCCUGACGGAGCGUGAUAUCCCUCAGGCCAUUCAGGUCCAGGGUGUCAACGCUGGUUGCCAGGGAACCAACAUGCUUGUAUUGGUUGUGAGCGAGCAAGAGCUCUCCUACGAUCGUCUAACGGGUGAAGUUCUUGAUUUUACCACUGCUUAG